AGAGAGAGAGAGGUGGAGGAGAACAACAGGGGAAAGAGAUAGCAAGACCCAGCUAGCGCCAGCACAGUGAGCCUAACCGUUAUUUUGCGAUAUUGGCUCUACAGAUAAAACUACAUUUAAGCAUCAUGUCCUUUAGCUAAGAUGUGACUCCAGUCACCUUUUCGUCGAAUGUGUCCAAGACGGCAGAAAAAAUGUGCGCCGGUAGCUAACGUUAGCUAGUUUAACGUGAAGACAAAAAGGCAUCUCUCUCUGUCUUCUGACCGUGCAGCCCGAUCGAAAUCUUCGGAUGACUGUCUGUGUAAACGCUUGUAACGUUAAAGCAGCUCGGCAAAACAUCCCGCUCCUCAACUGACCCACCGGGUCCGUGUUACAAUUACGAGCAGGGGAGGGAAAGCCACCACACUGUCAAAAUGAAAUUCACGGAGCAUCUCUCCGCUCACAUCACCCCGGAGUGGAGAAAGCAGUACAUCCAGUAUGAGGCUUUCAAAGAGAUGCUGUAUGCUGCUCAGGACCAGGCGCCGUCUAUUGAAGUCACAGACGAGGAUACGGUUAAGAGGUACUAUGCCAAGUUUGAGGAGAAGUUCUUCCAGACAUGUGAAAAAGAACUGGCCAAGAUCAACACCUUCUACUCUGAAAAGCUGGCUGAGGCUCAGCGGCGAUUCGCCACGCUGCAGAACGAGCUGCAGUCCUCAUUGGACGCCCAGAGGGAGAGCUGGGCUAACGGGCGGGGCCUGCGGAAGAGGAAGACGGUGUUCGCCCUGUCGCAGCAGGAGCGAUGCAAACACCGAAACAUAAAGGACCUGCAGCUGGCCUUCUCUGAGUUCUACCUCAGCCUCAUACUGCUGCAGAACUACCAGAACCUGAACUUCACAGGUUUCAGGAAGAUCCUGAAGAAGCAUGAUAAGAUUUUGGAGACGUCGAGGGGGGCUGACUGGAGGGUGGUCCACGUUGAAGUGGCUCCAUUUUACACAUGCAAGAAAAUCACCCAGCUCAUCUCUGAGACCGAGGCAUUGGUUACAACGGAGCUGGAAGGUGGCGACAGGCAGAGGGCCAUGAAGAGGCUGAGGGUUCCUCCCCUGGGAGCUGCACAGCCUGCUCCUGCUUGGACCACCUUUAGAGUCGGCCUUUACUGUGGAGUAUUCCUCGUCUUAAUAGUCACUGUGGUCAUUACAGGAGCUGUGGUGACAGAAGAAGUUGAUGUUUGGCCUAUGGUCAGGAUCUACAGAGGAGGCUUCCUGUUAAUAGAAUUCCUCUUCCUGUUAGGCAUCAACACCUACGGCUGGAGGCAGGCGGGGGUUAACCACGUACUCAUAUUUGAACUCAACCCCAGAAACAACCUGUCACAUCAGCAUCUGUUUGAGAUUGCAGGUCUGUUGGGGGUGCUGUGGUGCGUCAGCCUGCUGUGCUGUCUCUUCAGUAGUAGCAUCCUGGUACCAAUGCAGGCUAACCCUCUUGCUCUCUACGGCCUCUUCCUCCUCUUCCUCAUCAACCCCUUCAAGACCUGCUACUACAAGUCCCGCUUCUGGCUGCUCAAACUCUUGUUUCGAGUGGUGACAGCUCCGUUUCAUCGGGUUGGCUUUGCAGACUUCUGGCUGGCGGACCAGUUGAACUCUCUGGGUGUGGUUCUGAUGGAUCUGGAGUACAUGAUCUGCUUCUACAGUUUUGAACUGGACUGGAAACAACACAAUGGACUCAUCAGCAGUAAAAGUGACGUGUGUAAUUCCUACUCCUAUGGGGUCCGUGCGGUGAUCCAGUGUCUUCCGGCUUGGUUCCGAUUCGUCCAGUGUCUGCGACGUUACCGUGACUCCAAACGGGCCUUCCCUCACCUGGUUAACGCUGGGAAAUACUCCACUUCCUUCUUUGUUGUCACCUUUGCUGCCCUGUACAGCACACAUAAAGCUGCAAAGCACGCUGACACCCAGAUCUUCCUCUACUUGUAUAUCGGCUGUUUAGUGGUCAGCUCGUGUUACACACUGAUCUGGGAUCUGAAGAUGGACUGGGGCCUGUUUGACCGCAAUGCAGGAGAGAAUACCUUUCUGAGAGAGGAGAUAGUCUACCCACAUAAGGCAUAUUACUACAGUGCCAUAGUGGAGGACGUGCUGUUGCGUUUUUCAUGGACUUUAACGCUCUCCCUCAGCACAGUCCCCGGGUGGCACAACAUCUCUGACAUACUGGCGACUGUACUGGCCCCAAUGGAGGUCUUUAGACGUUUUGUGUGGAACUUCUUUCGAUUGGAGAACGAACACCUGAAUAACUGUGGUGAGUUCAGGGCCGUCCGGGACAUCAGCGUGGCUCCGCUCAAUGCUGACGACCAGACACUGCUGGAGCAGAUGAUGGACCAGGAGGACGGAGUCAGGAACCGCCAGGGCAAGAAGAGCUGGAAGAGGAGCUACAGCAUGAGUCUACGCAGGCCGCGACUGGCCUCACAGUCCAAGACCCGCGACACCAAGGUUUUGAUAGAGGACACCGAUGACGACUCCUGACAUCAGGCCACGCCCCUCGCCUGGGUCCAGAAUUUAUUCAAAGGAGGAACCUCCACCUCCUAAUCGAGGAAUCACCCAGCGAGUCGGGCGUUGAACUCUCAGCUAAGGAAGGGUUUUAAAACUCAUGCCUACGUAAUCCUUUCUCCGAUGCAUGAGCCGCUGCACGGGUUCAGAACUAUUUCAAGGGAGGAGCUUUCACCUCUUGAAGAAACAACCCAGCAACAUGGCCAUCAAACUCCUGCCCCUACCUUCAAUAAUAACCAGGGGUAGGCGUAUCACUUAAACUCUACCUUACCCAAGCAGUGGGUGAAAAACUUCUCUCCCUGUCAUCCACAGCCACCCAGAGGUGGACUAUUUAACUAAACCCACUCCUCAGCCAUUGCUUGGGCUCUUUCCUAAAAGCCUCAGCCUAGCAUGAACAACGCAGCUAAACGGAACGCAAGCCGAUCGCCCUGACAGGAAGUGUCCCUGCUCCCUCUCGGUGCCACGCCGCUCCCACACAGGGAGAAGCCGACUUCAAGCCUACUGCUGUUGAGGACCAAAAGGUUUUUUUGUUUUUUUUUCCUCACCUUUUAGCUAUUAGUCUCCACCUACACCACACCUUCAAACAUCUCGCAUCAACUUGUGAUUUAGACUUAGAAAAGAAAGGCUUGAAAAGUGUCCUCCUUUCAGCGACUUUUUAGGCCUUCGAACGGACUAUGCUGACAAACAUUUGGUAACGCCAAUCGGUCAGUGGCUUGACUCCCUCACUCUUCAGCUUGCCCUUUCAAAUCAUCACAGAGCUGCCUACCUGCACCUUACAUGCUUUAGAAACACACACAGAAACAUGCACUUUGUAGAAGUGGAAUGCCUAUUGUGUGUUCACACGACACUUGAACAUUAAUCUUUUUUGAGACCCUGGGAAGAAACAACACACGCUAAAAACAGACUAGCGAUCAUUUAUAACCAUGGUUGUAAAUAUGAGACGGACCAAAGUGGGAGGUGGUGUGAAAAUAUUCCGAAAAUAUCAAAUACUCCAUAAUAAAAUAAAAAAAGUGCUGAGUUCAGACUGCAUCGAGCAGCGCUGGAAUGACUGUUCAGCCUUGAAGCUGAGAUGGAAACUUUGCUUUUGUUUCCGGAAAAAUAUGAAGAUCACCUUAAUCAUCCUGCGGUAACUCCAACAGUCACCCCACGUGGAAAAAAUAAUAUUCUUCCAUUUGGAAAUGGUUUUACUGAAUGUAUGCCAACGUAUUUAUGUAUGUAUGAGUGGGAGAGAUGCCUGAAUACCACCUGUCAACCCAUCUAGGCCAAAUCUGUUUUUGGAAACUUACAAUAUGAAAUGAGUUCCUAGAAAUUUUUAUUUUGUCCCCUGAAAGACUGAUUGAACUUUUGGUUUAUGAAAAAGUAAAACUGGUUCAUUGAAACGUGAUGAUGAAAAGGGGGGAGGUCACCUGUCUGUCACAUACUGCUCAACCUGUCACAAUCAAAAGAUAAAUCGAUGUAGUUAAACUUGAAUCUGAAUGAAGUGGCUCUUCCAGCUGGUUUGGUGGUGAAGGACCCAUGUGGGAGUGAAUCUGAUUGGCUGUGUUUUACAAUGAGGAGAUACAUGCUGGCGUAACUCAGGUUCCAUAAACAUUCCUGUUGGGUUUUAACACUUUAACGGACAAGGUUGGUUGAAAUAAUUAACAUGCUUGUCUCGAGACAAAGUGAUUUCAAUAUAUCUGUAUGUACAGUGUGUAAUUGUACUAAUCAACCCCUUUUUUGUGAGUCUACCGUAAAUUUACAAAUUAUCGCCUACGGCAUUUAUUACCUCAAUCGCAGAGAGAUCCAGGCCUUUGUUCCUAAAUUCCCCUAUUUCACAGUUAAUGCUAACUCAAAACUUCCCUCUUUACCGGUCAUCUAGAUACAUUUCCACAGCACCAAUUCCAACAGUUAUCCAACAAUCAUGUCGCGCUCACCGAUCUGUUUCUCCUUUCUAACAGAUAUAAUGUUUUCAUUCACCAAUUGCCUGAAUAUUAGUUCCAGUCCUUUUCCAUUUUUGCUGACUACUGUUACUCUACCACCAAUGAAACUCGACGUCCUGCAGAAUAACACAUUACAUUGAAAGUAAUCCAGCCUUCCACUUUAUUGAUGGGCUUUUAAUUUGAAAACAUCUACAGAAAGUUGUACGUGUCAUUGAUGGCAGCUUGACAUCGUUUGGAGCAGCAGAGGGGAAUUAGUUCUGUAUAAAUGCGCAUUAUGCUUACUUUACCAUGUAAAGCCAUUGUAGUUUUUUUCCCCAGCUUCUUUUUUUGUUCACACUGGCCAUUAUUUGAUUUUGUUUGAGAAAUUACGGUAACCAUCUUUAACGGCUGGACGUUAAGGGGCUUGCUGGGGUUUUGGUGUGGUUUUGUCUCUAAAGUUUGACAAAGUCUCGGUCAGUAAUAGGUUACACAGAAUUACAUCACAUCAUCUGCGUAUUGGCAAACUCAUUUCAGAGCGCAAAGCCCGACGCAGGUGUCUUUGCUAGUUUACGAGUAAGACUGAUGCAGUUGUCAAUUUCCCAUCCAGUGCUCCGUUGUUUAAAUAGCUAAUGCACCUGCGCCCAUCUGUGCGCCCAUGGGCGUGCUGGUCUUACAGGGAGUUGUGUUCAGGUGCAUUCUUGGCGUAUUGCUAUCUCGAGACAGCGGAAAGUGAUUGCGUCAUUGACCAACAAAAACCUGGUCUAAAGUCAAUAACGCAGCAUUUCAUGGUUAUUUUAACGCUUGCUUCACCUCGUGGAGUUUUGGUGGAAUAGUGCUCGUGCCAUAUAUGAUCUGCUCGCUCGCUUUCAAUUCACGCACGAGGCAGAUCAGUUUCUUCUCCUGAAAAUCUCUCCUUCCUGCUUAGCAAAUUCACCAUCAUAAUAGCAAUGUGCCAAGGUCCAAACGCACCUGGCUUUUAAAGGGAAUGGGAGAUGAUACUCUGAUUGGUUUAUUGCAUGUUAUGCCCAAAUCACA